UCCCGGACAUUUAUCUGUGAAGCACCGAAAGUCCUUGCGGCGGAAAUUUUGAUUUCGUAGUUAAAUGUAAACAGUGUGAAUAUUUUCGCACACAAACAAUAACAUUUCAUAAUUGCUGUUAUUUUAGUCAGUUAUUUUCCACCACCGUUCAAAAAGAGUUUAUAAACCGACGACAAGCAACAAACCGAUGUCAUGUUAAGUAACGGCAACCUACAUAGACGUUUGUCAAAAUUAGCACAACAUGAGUGCCCCUGGUCCUCUGAAGAGAAAAUCUUACAUGGGACAGCACAAGAUAAAAAAGAAAAAGAGUGAUGAGCCCAUUCCCAGUGACAGUGAAAAUUUUCCAAAGACAACUCAUUAUUUGUCUGACAGACAUGCCACAACGGAUGUUAAGCUUGGCGAGUCCACGCUAGCUCUUGAUGAAGAAAUUUUCAACAUAAUUCAUGUCAUUGACCCUGGGAAUAAUGCAUCAAAUGUUAAUGGUGGUGAGCAGAAGAAGGGAUGUGCAUCAACAAGCGUUGAACCUCGCAGCAUCCAAGAGAAUGCAAUCAAACAAGAUUGCAAGAAAUCAUCAAGGAGAACCAACUGCAAAGAUCUCGCUCAGCGGCUUCUUUUCAGUGAGGACUCGACAGAGGAAUCACAGCAGCGUCAGGAGAGCAGCGAUUACGCACGAACUUCUGCAUGCAAAGAAACAAAAAAGAGUGGUCAACAGGCCAAAAAUUCCACUUCGAAGAAGCUUUCUUGUAACCAAGCCAAAAGCAGACAUGGGGAUAUGAAUGCAGGUCCUUCUCAUGAUAUUUCCAAGGAGUACAUUUUGUUCAGUCCCACACAUGUAGCUGCUGCUGUGAAGAGGUCCAAACUGCAACAAUCACCACAAAAUCAAUCUGCCUCUGUGCUGACAGUUCCGAGUGGUUUACAGCUCUGUACUCUCAGUGACAGCUUACCUCAGCCAGGCUUUGCCUUGUGUGCUCCUGACACACAAUCUGACAAGCUUCUGCUAUCCAAUUGGGGUUUGCCCAAUCCAGUCUUGAAGUGUUAUCAUAAACAUAGAGUAACACGCAUGUUUGAAUGGCAGGCUCAGUGCCUGAGUCUUGGCAAGGUUCUGCAGGGAGGUAACUUGGUCUACUCUGCUCCAACUAGUGCUGGAAAGACUCUUGUGUCCGAGUUACUGAUGCUGAAACGCGUGUUGGAGACGAAAAGAAAAGCUCUCUUUAUUUUACCGUUUGUCUCUGUGGCCAAAGAGAAGAUGCAAUACCUCCAGAGCGUGUUUGCUGAGGCUGGAGUACGUGUGGAUGGCUUCAUGGGAAACACAUCAGCUUCUGGUGGCUUUACUGCUGUGGAUGUAGCUGUUUGCACCAUAGAGAAGGCCAACUCUAUCAUUAACAGACUAAUAGAGGAAGACAGCAUGGGUCUAUUAGGUAUGGUUGUGGUGGAUGAGUUGCACAUGGUUGGAGACUCUGGAAGAGGAUAUCUACUUGAACUUCUCUUGACCAAAAUUCGCUACAUUGCACAGAAGCGUAAUACUACGGGGUCUCUUUCCGAGGGGGUGCAGAUAGUAGGUAUGAGUGCCACUUUGCCCAACUUGACCCUCCUGGCCGAGUGGUUAGGUGCAGAGCUUUACCAGACGGACUACAGACCCGUACCCUUGCAGGAGCAUCUUAAGUUGGGCUGCAACAUCUACGACAAGAGCCUCUCUGUGGUUCGACAAUUCACUCCAGCACUCCUAAUAAAGGGUGAUGACGAGCACAUAGUCAGUUUGUGUUAUGAGACGGUGCGGGAUGGCCAAUCUGUGUUGCUGUUCUGCCCUUCCAAGAACUGGUGUGAGAAAUUGACCGAUAGUAUCGCCAGAGAGUUUUACAACUUGAGACAUACACAAUGUGAGGACGAAUCACAACUCCAACCAGUGUGCUUGGAUAACGAGGGACUAGUGGACGUCAUAGCCCAGUUGAGUCGGACUCCAGCAGGUUUGGAUCCCAUUCUGAAGCGCGCUGUGCCCUGGGGGGUGGCCUUCCACCACGCUGGUCUGACAUUUGACGAACGUGAUGUGCUGGAGGGAGCCUUUCGUAAUGGCAUGAUAAGGGUCUUGGCUGCCACCUCCACCCUUUCGUCAGGGGUCAAUCUCCCUGCCCGCAGGGUCAUUAUUCGAACCCCGACCUUCAAUGGACACUUGCUGGACCAGCUCACAUACAAACAAAUGGCUGGACGAGCAGGGAGAAAAGGAGUGGACACCAUAGGUGAGAGUGUGCUGGUGUGUAAGGAGGCAGAGCGUCAGAAAGGUGUUAGCCUCCUCACAGGUACUCUUCAGCCAAUCAAGAGCUGCUUGUUGAGGGAGAAAGGAGAAGGCAUCACCACUAGCAUGCUGCGAGCCAUUCUGGAGAUCAUUGUGGGAGGAGUAGCCAGCACUCCACAGGAUGUGAGAUUGUACGCCUCAUGCUCACUUCUGGCUGCCAGCAAAGAGAAGUCAACAGAAAACAGCAACAAAGGGGCAAUUGAGGCCUGUGUUGAAUGGUUGAUGGAAAACGAAUUCAUCAGUGUUCAAAAAGUUGGAGAAAAGGAGGAAUACUGUCCCACUCAACUUGGUGCUGCCACACUGUCAUCCUCCCUUUCGCCCACCGAGGCACUGGGUAUAUUUGCAGACCUCCAGCGGGCUAUGAAGGGCUUUGUGCUAGAAAAUGACCUGCACGUUCUUUAUCUGAUCACUCCAUUGUAUGCAGAGUGGACUACAAUAGAUUGGUACCAGUUCUUCUGUCUGUGGGAACAGCUGUCCUCAUCGAUGAAGAGAGUAGCUGAGUUGGUAGGCGUCCAGGAGAGUUUCCUGGCUCGCUCAGUCGGAGGAAAACUUGUUGCCAAGACAGAGAAGCAGUGUCGGCAAAUGGCAAUUCAUAAAAGGUUCUUUACCACUCUAGUACUGCAGGAUCUGGUUAAAGAAGUACCUUUGGGAGUUGUAGCGUCCAAAUACAAUUGCAAUCGUGGUCAGUUGCAGUCCCUCCAACAGUCUGCUGCCACAUAUGCAGGUAUGGUGACAGUGUUCUGCAAGCGUCUGGGCUGGGGCAACAUGGAGUUGCUGUUAUCGCAAUACCAAACUAUGCUGAGCUUCGGUGUCCAGCGUGAGCUUGUGGAUUUGGUAAGGGUUUCCCUUCUGACUGCAACAAGGGCCCGUGCGCUUUAUGCACAAGGCCUGUGCACUGUUGCUGAACUGGCCAGGGCUUCAGUAACUGAUGUGGAGAAAGCUCUGAGGAAUGCUGUCCCAUUUAAGAGCUCUAAGCGUGCAGUGGAUGAGAGCGAAGUGGAGGCUGCAGAGCGCCGGAAUCUCCGUUGCGUGUGGGUAAGCGGUGGGCGGGCUCUGACCGAGCAAGAAGCGGCCAGUGUGAUUGUUUCGGAAGCAAAGCAGCUUCUCCAGGCAGACUUGGCUCAGCUCGGCAUUCAGUGGGAUCCAGCAACGCUCCCAUCUGAUGCUUCUGCUGUCCAUUCCUCACAAGAAGCUCAGAACAAUGGUGAUAAUGGUCAACAAAAGGAAAAUCCUAAAACAUAUUUUGGGAAAUGCAAAUCUGACACCACAGAUAUCAAGACAAAAUUAGAGGAGAUGAAUAAUGACUUAAGUGCAAGGCAAUCAGGCCCAAAAAUGUCUGUGCAUAGUGUGACAGGAGGACAGAAUGAACAGAUUAACGGAUCCAAAACUGGUGAAACGGAAAAGAAAGAUAAGAUAGAAAACAACAAUCUGACAAACCAGGAGGUGAAAACAUUAGCACCAGAAGGAACCAAAUGUCAAGUUUCAACUUUAAAGUUAACACAUCCUUCUUGUGGUCCAGUAAAGAGUCUAACACAAGAAUUGGCUGAGCUUGUGUCCAGCCCAAUGUUUCAACUUCAACAACCUCCUGAACCAGCUCUCCCCCUUAUACCCCUUCCUCAGUUGAGAGCUCCAAGUUCCAGGUUAGGAGAUCACCCAAGCGUUAGCGUGAAGACAUCAGACGUUGAUGACGCCACAAGGCUUGGUUUAUCACCUGCACAGCCUGGAAAACUAAAGCAUUCAAGGAUACUAAAGAAAGUCCUUCAAUCCAUACAAACUGACAAAAGGCCACAAGAGUCAGUCGGACUGACUUCACAUCCUUUAAACGUUGCUGAGGUUGCUUGCCUUGCUCAAGAUACUCAAACCAGAUUUCCUCUGGAUCACCAAGUUGAAAUGUCAGACUCCUCUCACGUUGCUGUCACGCUAGUAAUCUCGCCUGACACCAAGCGAAGAAGGGUGGAGGCUGCAGAGGUGGAUGUGUUUUCAUCUCCUGAUCUCUAUGCAGGCGAUCAAAAUGAAGAAGCUCAACAAAAGGUCAAGCAGGGAGAAGAGACAUUUGGUGACAGCUUUGAAUUGGACACACAGACUGAACGGAUAAUUGUCCAACCAGAAUCGGAACACAGUGACGGAAAUGUUAAACAUCUGCAGGAUUUGAAUAUUAAAGAUCAUAUACAUGGGACGGUGUUAGAAACUGGUUUGGAGCAGGAAGUCAAAGACGAAGGAAAUGCCAGACUUGAAGCCCCCCUUUUCAAUAUUUCUCUGACAGACAGCCAGAUGGAGCUCAUCCUUGACACUAGUCAUCAGAAUGACAGUAACAGCAAAGCUGUUGCUCCUGCUGUGGAGGAUCCAAACGGAAGCAGCAGCUUCUUGUUCGAAAGCCUUUAUGACAAGUCUCCAAGCCUAAAACAAACGGACCAGAUUGGAUUAGCCUACGAGGAACAGGUCACCCCACAGGCAACAAGCAUUCACCCUCGGCUGUCCAACCAAGAGAGACGUCGUAGCGAACUCCUUGUCAACCAGGAAGUGGAGAAGCAUGAAGCAAUCCAGUGGGGAGAGUCUUCUUUCAAUCUCUCUGAGUGGGGAGACUCUUUGCUGGUGAGUGAGCCUUUUCUGGACAGGCAGGAAGCCAGCCACUUGGAAGAUCAGGAUCUCCCUGAGGAGCAACUUACAUCUGCACAAAUUGAGCCAGUAUCUCUACUACCUGGAGAGAAACAGGCAACGUUGCCUGCAGAUUGUAACAAGAAAGUACAGGAAGGUGGUCUUGUCUCAGAUAACACCAUUUCAAAACAAUUACAUGCCGAUGCUGCGCCUGAGAGCAACUUUUAUUGCAGUCCUGGUAUUCAGGAGAUAUUCGAUUGCUGGCCAACGAUGUCUGAACAGCCUGUGCAAAACUCUACAUUACGCCUCAAGCAAAUUCCUCCUUCAUACCGUGCAGAGAUUUUGCAAAAAUCUCCUCCGUUGAUUCAAGUGAUGAGAAAAUGCCAAAAGCAGGACAGUGUGGACUCUGAAUCAGAUUCUUUUCAGCCACAACCAAUUGUAGAGCCAACACAGAGACCAGGUUCUGCUGGAGAUUUGAUACCCCCCACCCAGGAGACACCUCCUGUGACACCAAGAAUCAUACUAACAACUACAUCAAUCCACUUGCCUCUCAACGUCCCACCGGCCAAUCAGUCGACCCCCACCGGCACCCUGCCUGUGAAACCUUCUAAAUGCUCCACCAGUGACCUGCCAGAAGAUUUUUCUGACCCUCAAAAUACUAUGUGUAAAUUGAAGCAGCACACCAAUGUAACACACCGACGCCAGUCUCCAACGGAUCAAAGGCAAAAUCCUUCUCCUGAUCGCCCCCUGCUUCACUCUUCCUCUUUGAACAUGUCGCCUGGCUACGAGGGCUUUUCUCUUCAGCUUUCUCAAGAUGCCUCCCUCACUUCAAGCAACUCGAGCGCAUUCUCCAUCAUCGAUGUUUCAAGUGACAAGCGCCUAUUCGAAACGUUUAUCAAGGAGUGGAAAACUAAAGAACGCUUUUCACUAGCUUUGGCCUUUGAAAGUGUCGAACACCACCAGGAGCCAGAAGAGGAAAUGGGAGGGAAACAUAGGAGAGCACACCAGAAGCUCCAUACUGCUGAUGGUUUUCCGGUAAGAGGCAGUGAUGGACUGAUGCUGAUUGGACUGUCUGUCUGUUGGGGAGCAAGAGAUGCCUUCUACAUAUCCUUUCAGCAAAAGCAGAGCAAAGGUUUGAGUUUAAGCCUUGCCCCUCCGGAUCUGGACAACAGUUUGCCAGUAGUCAAGAGGCUUGAGCACGUGAAGGCCUGUCUCAGCCAACCGUCAGUUGGCACAGUUAUCACGUAUGACAUCAUCCAGGUGUACAGGAAGCUGGUGUUGAGCUGUGGCAUCAGCUUGGAAGGAAAUUGUGAAGACCCCAAGGUGGCGUGUUGGCUGGUUGACCCUGGCGCCCAAGAGAGGACACUGGCCAAUAUGAUCACAGUCUACUGUCCAGAAGACCUCCCUCUUUUGGAUGGACUUGGCAACGCACAUGUACACUGUCCUCGCCUGAGGGCAACGACCACAAGUGUGCUAGUUUACGCCGUCAUGAGCCAUCUCACCAAGCUACUUGACAAAGAUGGCAUGCUCGAGUCAUUUAGGAGCGUGGAGAUGCCCUCACAAGUGUGUCUGGCAUUGCUGGAACUCAACGGAAUUGGCUUCAGCGUGGAGGAAUGUGAGAGACAAAAGCACGUGAUGCAAGCCAAACUGGCAGCGCUGGAAUCACAAGCGUACGAGCUAGCGGGGCACAGUUUCUCCCUGACAAGCAUUGACGAUAUAGCACAGGUUUUGUUCUUAGAGCUACAUCUACCUCCAAACGGUGACGUGGGGGCGUCAAAAAGCAAGAAGACCCUCGGAUACACCCGCAGAGGUGGGGGCAAAGUUCGACUCGGGAAGCAGUUCAGCACAACCAAGGAUGUUCUAGAGAAGCUCCGUCCUCUGCAUCCGCUUCCUGGCAUCAUACUGGAGUGGAGAAGGAUCACCAACGCUUUGACUAAAGUGGUGUUCCCAUUGCAAAGAGAGAAGCAGUACCACAUUACACUGGACAUGGAUAGAAUUUACCCCAUCGCCCAGACGCACACAGCUACAGGACGGGUGAGCUUUACAGAGCCUAACAUACAGAACGUGCCCAAAGACUUCGAUAUUGCCAUGCCCACUGUGGUAGGAGAGAGCCCACCUUCACAAGAUGGCCGCUACAAGAACGACCGCGGGAAGAAGAGACGUUCUUUGGCCCCCUCUGCCCCUCGAGGCCCGACUUUUUCCGUCAGCAUGAGACACGCUUUUGUGCCGUUCUCAGGCGGAAUGAUAUUAGCGGUCGAUUACUCCCAACUGGAGUUAAGGGUGCUUGCUCAUCUGUCCAAAGACCAACGUCUGCUGCAGGUGCUGAAUGGAGGAGCUGACGUGUUUCGCUGUAUCGCUGCCGAAUGGAAAAGCGUCGAUCCAGACAAUGUCAACGAUCAACUCAGACAGCAAGCCAAACAGAUUUGCUAUGGCAUCAUUUACGGGAUGGGUGCCAAGUCUUUAGGAGAGCAAAUGGGUGUGGACGAGAAUGAUGCAGCUUGCUAUAUUGAAAGUUUCAAAGCCAGGUACAAAGGGAUCAACUGUUUUCUCAGAGAAACAGUGAAGAAGUGCGUCAAGGAUGGUUACGUUCAGACUUUGAUGGGACGUCGCAGAUACCUUCCAGGAAUCACCAACACUAAUCCCCACAUCAAAGCACAUGCGGAGCGUCAGGCUGUGAACACAACUGUGCAGGGCUCAGCCGCAGACAUUGUUAAACGCGCUACCAUCAACAUCCACAGACAACUGAGAAAAGCAUACCCGAAAGCUCCACUCUCUCACCAGCACACUACAGCCAGCUAUCCUCGGAGAGGUGCAUACCUGAGAGGAGCGUACUUUGUCCUCCAGCUCCAUGAUGAACUUGUCUAUGAAACUACAGAGGAGAAUCUCAUACAGGUGGCUCAGAUAGUAAAGAGGGAGAUGGAGACAGCAGUCAAACUUUCUGUGAAGCUAAAAGCCAAAGUAAAAGCAGGACCGAGCUGGGGAAAUUUGCAAGACUUGGAUAUUUGAUGUACUAUUUAACUAUUGUAUCAUAAUUACAAUAUUUUUAAUUGCAUCAUAAAGAAUGAAACAAUUGCAUUUUGAAAUGUAAAUGAAUUGAACACAUUUUACUCUUAUCAAUAUAUUUUUUAAACUCUUGCUAAGUAUCUUAACUGUAUU